UGCCUGAGCAGCAGCAAUGAGCACGCGGCGCCCGCGGCCAAGACCCGGAAACAGGCUGCCAAGAAAGUGGCCCCGCUGAUGGCCAAGGCAGUUCGAGACUACAAGAGAAGAUUCUCCCGACGAUAAACUCAGGACUUGCCUUACACAUAAAAUCUGGGGGGAGGAGGACCAAUGCAAAGUCAACGCGGGUUGGGGAACGAAACUUCCAAUGGACACCAGGACCCUUGGCUGGGUGCAAAGUUGAGCCUCUGAAUUCUGCAGGUGUCAAGCGCUGGCCCUGUGAUUUUUGCCUCCCACACCCGGCCACUGCCUCCCUGCUUGGAGGACACCUCAGAAUUCAGAAGAUAUUAUGAACGCGUUCGGAUCAACUCUGCUUUGGUGGUUCACCGACCGUUUUUUAAACAACGCCCUAGUUGCCAUCAUAAAUCAGGUACGAGAUGUGAGAGUCCCUUUUGCCGUUUGUUCUCUCUUCUGAAAUCAUGGAGCACACAGGGACUUCUUAGACACAAACUCUCAAUCCAUCAGUUGACACUGAUAACUCCGACUACGCAAAAUGUCUUGUUACUGUUGUUGUUUUCUUUUAGAUAAAAGGCCGGGCAUGAUCCUCUAAUCGUGAGCCAUCCUCCUCCGGGAGGCCGAGGAAAGCAGAUCGCUUGAGCCCAGGAGGUGGGGACCAGGCUGGGCCAAACGGAGAAGCCCCGUCUCCACAAAAGAUACCAAAAUUAGCCCGGCGUGGUGGCACGGCCCCUGUGGUCCCAGCUCCUUAAAGGGCUGAGGUGGCAGGAUCGCCUGAGCUGGCCAAGCGGAGGUUGCGGUGACCCUUCCUCAUUCCACUGCACUCCAGCCUGGAUGACACAACCAGAGCACACCUCAAAGAAAACUGCUGUUUGUUUGAAGAAAGGAACUCUUGGCUUUCAUACAUAAAUGCUAACAACUGGUACGUUCCUUAAGUCAAAACACUUUUACUAGAGUCAUUCCCAAUCUUUUCACCCAGAACCCCUGUGAAAGAAUGGCGACACCUUAAUCAGCUUAUUUAGGUUCUCGAUCAGGAAGUCUAAACCUGCCAACCAGAGUUUCUAAUUCCCAUGAGAUGACCGGGUUAACUACCUUGACUUCACCUCCUACCAGCUCCUGCAAGCUUUGGUGAACGUUUGCCUUCUAACUCAGGGCAUUUGUUGGCUUCACGCGGGCUGGUAGUCACAGGUCCGUGUGCCAGAUACGACACACACACAUACACACAAACAAAGACACACACACAAACGCACACACACACGCGCGCGCACACACACAAACACGCACGCGCACACCCCCCCCCCCCCCCCCAUUAAGUAAACCUCGUUCUUAGGCGUUACCGACAGUGAGGGGUAGAGAGAGAAAUACAAAGACAUAAGCCGCAAGGCAAAACCGAGCAAGGGCAGCAGAAGAGAUCAAAGUCCUGUACCCUGGGCUGUCAGCAGCAUGGGGGCUGGGAAGCUCCUGGAAGCAGGCACCUGAGUGGAUGCCGGUGCACGUCAAAGGAGGCCUUCAAGCCUGAAGAACACGGAAGGAGCCAGAAACGGGGUGCCACAGAGAUGCUACCCUUAAGGAAGACAGAAAAGCAUCCGUUCCGGGGAAGGGGACAUAAUCCAGUCAGCGACCGCGUAAAACUCAGACAUGUCCGGGCACGGUGACUCGCGCCUGUAUUCCCGUGGCUUUGGGAGGUCGAGGCCGGCGGACCACCUGAGGUCAGGAGUUGCAGACCAGCCUGACCAACCUGAGGAUAUCCCGUCUCUUCUAAAAAGACGAAACUCGGUUGGGCUUGCUGGCGAGCGCCUGUAAUCCCAGCUACUCAGGGGGCUGAGACAGGAGAAUCGCUUGAACCCGGGAGGCGGGGUUUGCGGUGAGCCCAGAUCCCACCACUGCGCUCCAGGCUGGACAACAGAAGCCAAACUCCGUCUCAAAAUUGAAAAACAAAACCUCAGAAAACCUUCCCCAGCAAGGGCCAGAGACAACGCCCGUCCCUAUUUCUUGACAGCAAUUCAAGAGAGAAUCUCAGGUGGCCUGCAAAACUCACAAGAGAGCAGAAUAUCCUCCCCAAGGCAGAGAAGCCACACGCUCUCUCUGGAGGAGGUGGAGUGGCCACCGAUCACCCUGCAGCCCCUCCCCACUCCCAGCCAGAAACCCCAGUCCCUCGGAACCAAAUUGUUUUCCACUGGCAACAACCUUCCUUCCUGGAAAAUCGUUUCCCCUGCCGAAAUGGAGAACAAGCACGAAACAAGCAAACACAACUCAAAACACAAACACAAGGAAGCAAUCCGAGCAAGCUCUAGCUCCUCAUAGCUCAUCGAUGCCCCCACUGGCGUGCUACUGAGAACAGCGGCUGCACCCAUUAAACUCAUUCAUUACUGGAGAACGAGACAGACCUCAGCAGAUCCCUGCUCCCACUGCGACACACCCGCUCCAAAAGACAGAAAGGAAACAACCCCCACACAACACAUAAACCUGCCCCAGAAUAGAAUUCAGCAUCAACCUAAGGAUCCUGCUGUAACAUUGCUACACUGACCCAGGACAGCUCAAUUCUCUUCCCACCUAUUUACAAAACAAUCCUCAUUCUGGGAGCUCCGGAAGCAUGGCCAGUAUUGCACUAGGAUCCUCUUCGUGAGGUAGCCGGAAGUCUGGAAACACAGCAAAUUUACCUAUUUCUCUACACAACACGGAGGGUAAUUCUCAGAAAAGGCUUAACACCCGAAUCCUCAUACUUCAAAUGGUUGUGUUUUCCCCAUUCGGACUGAAAGGUGAGAGUGGAACUCGGCUGCCCAAACCGUGGCGCCGAUAUCAGCUGCAGGCCAGAGCAAGCCUUUCCGAGGAGAUUUUAAACAACCGGUGGGAGCAAGAUCCUGAAGCAUUUCUUCCAAGAUUGGCAGCAGGAGACGAAACCUGGCUCUACCCGGCAGGAUCCUGAAGACCAAGCACGAAGCCGUGGCUAGCAAGAGGUGGCAGUGCUCCAGCCGAAGCCACAGAGGAGCAGUCAAGAGCGGAGGUCAUGGCCACCGUUUGGGGGGGGAUGCCAGAGGGAUUCUCCUCGUUGGCUUUCUGGAGGGCCAAACCCUGAUCACAUCUGCUCACUGGCAGAGCCUUUUCAGAGAGUUAGCCAAAGCUGGAGCGGAGAAGGUCCCCACCAGAGAGUUCUUCUCCACCACGACAACGUUCCUGCUCAUGCCUUUCUUCCAACGAGGGCAGCUGGGCAAGACUUGCCAUGGGAAAUCACGAGGCGUCCACCUUACCGUCCUGAUUUGGCGCCUGCUGACUUCUUUUCGUUUCCUUGUCUUAGAAAACCUGUAAAGGGCACCCAGUUUUCUUCAGUUAACAACGGAAGAAAGAUUGCAUGGAAACAGUUACAUUCCCAGGACCCUGGGGGGCUUUAGGGAUGGGCUGGACGGCGGGGAGGAGACACUGCUUCCAGAAGGGUCUCGAAGUUGAUGGAGACGGGGUCGAGAAGUAAAAUACACCUUUUUCAUUUUUCUCCCUUAAUCCCACUUUUCUACGAAUGUUUCCAAGUCCCCUCACACGACGGCAAUCCCAGGUAAAGAGUUGUCCUCCUCUGUUGGUUCUCCUUCCUACGAUUUUGUCUUGCGGUGUUGUUAUUUUCGCUUUUACUCCCAAGGGGAUUCUGUCUGUGUCUUUGGGAAUCCACAGAUGCGGGGGCUGGGAACAAGGAGGGCCAACGGUAGAACUCAGUGGGGUGUGUCCAGGCUGCAAUUAACCUAAUGAACCUGCCGGGCACAGCAGUCCACCUGGCGUGGACCGUCCCGAUUGGCUGCGUUGGGCUGACGGAAUGAAUUCGUAUUGGGGCGGGGCUGCCCAAGGCCCAAGGGGGUCAGGGCUUGAGUCCUGGGUGGGCCCGGGGCUGGCUAUAUAAGGCCGGGCUCUGGCAGCCCAGCUGCAUUCCGCCUCGGACGGCGCAGCGCAGAGGUCACUCCAGGCUGCGGCUCCACAUCCCGAGGGACAGAAGCGGGCCUGCUCAGCUGUCUGCAAGGACCGGCGUUCCAGACCAAGUGGCCCGCUGCUCCGAGGACCCAGCUCGCUCCAGGUUGUGGGGACUCCACGCCCCGAGGCCUGCGGUCCGCGAGGACCAGCGCCCCGGAACCAGUGGCCCACUGCUCCGAGGACCGAGCUCGCGCCAGGCUGUGACUCCACAUCCCGAGGUCGCUGCCUGGCGACCGGGCAGCGAGGACCGGCCACCCCAGACUUCGUGUCCCGCCGCCCCGAGGACAGAGCCGCGAACGCGAGGACAGCGACGCCUGCACAGCUCUGCUGAGAUGGCGGCAGGCUCCACUACGCUGCGCGCAGUGCAGAAGCUGCAGGUGCGUCUGGCCACGAAGACGAACCCAAAAAAGCUGGAGAAAUAUUUGCAGAAACUCUCCGCCCUGCCCAUGACGGCAGACAUCCUGGCGGAGACUGGAAUCAGAAAGACGGUGAAGCGCCUGCGGAAGCACCAGCACGUGGGCGACUUUGCCAGAGACUUAGCGGCCCGGUGGAAGAAGCUGGUGCUUGUGGACCGAAACACCGGGCCUGACCCACAGGACGCUGAGGACAGCGCUUCCCGACAGCGCCUCGGGGAGGCUCUCCAGGACCAGGAAAAGGCCUGGGGCUUCCCAGAAAACGCGACGGCCCCCAGGAGCCCAUCUCACAGCCCUCAGCACGGACGGACAGCACGCAGAACACCUCCGGGACAACAGAGACCUCACCCGAGGUCUCCCAGUCGCGAGCCCAGAGCCGAGAGAAAGCGCCCCAGAACGGCCCCAGCUGAUUCCGGCCCCCGUCGGGACCCUCCAACGCGCACCGCUCCCCUCCCGACGCCCGAGGGCCCUGAGCCCGCUGUGCCCGGGAAGCAACCCGGAAGAGGCCACGCUCACGCCGCUCAGGGCGGGCCUCUGCCGGGUCCGGGCUGCCAGGGCCAACCUCAGGGGGAAGCGGUGGCGAGCCACAGCAAGGGGCGCAAAUCGUCCCGCUGGGCUUCGGCUCACAAAUCGCCUCCUGUCCAGGAAAGCCAGUCAGAGAGGCUGCAGGCGGCCGGCGCUGAUUCCGCCGGGCCGAAAACGGUGCCCAGCCUUCUCUUCGCAGAGCUCUGGGACCCCUCAGCGGCCUGGAUGCAGGCCAACUACGAUCUGCUGUCCGCUUUUGAGGCCAUGACCUCCCAGGCAGAGCCAGAAGCACUCUCCGCGCCAACGUUCCAGGAGGAAGCCGCUUUCCCUGGACGCAGAGUGAAUGCUAGGCUGCAGGUGUACUCGGGCUCCAGGCCUGCCUGCCAGCUCCAGGUGCUGACGCUGCGCCAGCAGUGCCUCCCGGUGCUUAGAAACAAUCCGGACGCCCUCGGCGACGUGGGAGGGGUCGCCUACUCGGUUCUUGAACCCGUUCCGGAAGGGUGGACGCCUGAUCAGCUGUAUCGCACAGAGAAAGACAACCACGCACUCGCUCGAGAGACAGAUGAAUUAUGGAGGAUUCAUUGUCUCCAGGACUUCAAGGGAGAAAAGCCGCGGGAGCACGAGUCUUGGCGGGAGCUGUACCUGCGGCUUCGCGACGCCCGAGAGCAGCGGCUGCGAGUAGUGACCACGAAAAUCCGAUCUGCACUUGAAAACAAACCCAGCGGCCGACAGACAAAGAUGAUCUGUUUCAACUCUGUGGCCAAGACGCCUUAUGAUGCUUCCAGGAGGGAAGAGAAGUCUGCAGGAGCCGCUGACCCCGGAAACGGGGAGAUCAAGCCAGCCCCCCAGCCCGCAGGAAGCAGCCAGGCUGCCUCCGGCCUCGGGGACGGCGGCGGCGGCGGCGGCGGCGGCGGCGGCAGCAGCAGCAGCAGCAGCAGCAGCAGCAACGUCCUUCACGGGCCCCCUGAGAAGCGGGCCAACCCCUGCCUGAGCAGCAGCAAUGAGCACGCGGCGCCCGCGGCCAAGACCCGGAAACAGGCUGCCAAGAAAGUGGCCCCGCUGAUGGCCAAGGCAGUUCGAGACUACAAGAGAAGAUUCUCCCGACGAUAAACUCAGGACUUGCCUUACACAUAAAAUCUGGGGGGAGGAGGACCAAUGCAAAGUCAACGCGGGUUGGGGAACGAAACUUCCAAUGGACACCAGGACCCUUGGCUGGGUGCAAAGUUGAGCCUCUGAAUUCUGCAGGUGUCAAGCGCUGGCCCUGUGAUUUUUGCCUCCCACACCCGGCCACUGCCUCCCUGCUUGGAGGACACCUCAGAAUUCAGAAGAUAUUAUGAACGCGUUCGGAUCAACUCUGCUUUGGUGGUUCACCGACCGUUUUUUAAACAACGCCCUAGUUGCCAUCAUAAAUCAGGUACGAGAUGUGAGAGUCCCUUUUGCCGUUUGUUCUCUCUUCUGAAAUCAUGGAGCACACAGGGACUUCUUAGACACAAACUCUCAAUCCAUCAGUUGACACUGAUAACUCCGACUACGCAAAAUGUCUUGUUACUGUUGUUGUUUUCUUUUAGAUAAAAGGCCGGGCAUGAUCCUCUAAUCGUGAGCCAUCCUCCUCCGGGAGGCCGAGGAAAGCAGAUCGCUUGAGCCCAGGAGGUGGGGACCAGGCUGGGCCAAACGGAGAAGCCCCGUCUCCACAAAAGAUACCAAAAUUAGCCCGGCGUGGUGGCACGGCCCCUGUGGUCCCAGCUCCUUAAAGGGCUGAGGUGGCAGGAUCGCCUGAGCUGGCCAAGCGGAGGUUGCGGUGACCCUUCCUCAUUCCACUGCACUCCAGCCUGGAUGACACAACCAGAGCACACCUCAAAGAAAACUGCUGUUUGUUUGAAGAAAGGAACUCUUGGCUUUCAUACAUAAAUGCUAACAACUGGUACGUUCCUUAAGUCAAAACACUUUUACUAGAGUCAUUCCCAAUCUUUUCACCCAGAACCCCUGUGAAAGAAUGGCGACACCUUAAUCAGCUUAUUUAGGUUCUCGAUCAGGAAGUCUAAACCUGCCAACCAGAGUUUCUAAUUCCCAUGAGAUGACCGGGUUAACUACCUUGACUUCACCUCCUACCAGCUCCUGCAAGCUUUGGUGAACGUUUGCCUUCUAACUCAGGGCAUUUGUUGGCUUCACGCGGGCUGGUAGUCACAGGUCCGUGUGCCAGAUACGACACACACACAUACACACAAACAAAGACACACACACAAACGCACACACACACGCGCGCGCACACACACAAACACGCACGCGC